UGGCCAAGAGGCUAAUAAUACCAGGCGGAGCGACAAGUAGCCACGCACAUCCCGCACGAGAAGAGCAAGCCAGCCCUUCCACCCGACGUCGUAAGCUCACUUUUCAUUUUCCUGUCAAGUUCACCAGCCACCACUCACGCACACACCACUGCCACAAUGGUCUACACGAUCGUCGUCCACCUAUACGCCAAGGAAGGCAAGGAGGUCGAGGAGAAGCUACGCAACAAGCUGAUCGAAGCCUCGCAGGUGUACUCCAAGGACAUCGAGACCAUCGGCUGGCACGUGAUGCAGGACCACCAAGACCCGCGCAAGUGGUGCAUCGUCGAGCGCUACGAGCACGAGAGCAGUCAGAAGUACCACCUGGAAAACCCGUACUGGAAGACGUUCGACCCGUACGUCAUCCCCCUGCUGGACAAGCCGAUGGAUCUGCGCCGCUUCAACGAGCUGGACACGAGCAAGCCCGUGCACGUCGAGUAAGCGCGCGAGCGAACGAGUGAGCGAGUGACUGUCUGAGUACAAGUUGGUCUUUUCAAGGCGUUCCAUGUGAGGGUAGAUGGAGCUGUGGUGCCGUCAUUGCGUAGUGGAACUCUCUUAAAACACUUGCGAUAUGAGGAGCGCUUCUGAUCAGCCGAUGUGUUGAGGUUCCCGUCGCUAGAGUCUGAGGGGAUUUGGUGAAGGCAUUUGUAGUGAAGUCAUCGCGUGCUUCUAAGUUUACAACUCCAUAUAUAAAAAACUUUAUUGUAUGCGUGUGUUU